AUGUCGCGGAGCUCGCAGGGCGGGCGGCCCGGCAGGUCCCCGCUGCCCCGCGGGGCCAGCCCCGGCUCCGCCACCGCCUCGCUGCCGCCGCCGCCCCCGCUGCCCCUGCAGCCCCCCUUCGGCCCCGGCGGGGCCAGCCCGGGCCCCAGCGGGCUGGCAGAGCUGAAGCCGGUUCGGCGCUUCAUUCCGGACUCGUGGAAGAACUUCUUUAAAGGGAGACGCCACCCCGGCUCCAGCUGGGAUAGCACGGCCUCCGACAUCAGGUACAUCUCGGACGGGGUCGAGUGCUCGCCGCCUGCCUCUCCCGCCCCGCUGCAGCCCGGGACCAAGGCGCUGCUUGGCUCCUACACGGACCCAUUCGGGGGCUCGGGCGGGAGCUACAACUCUCGGAAGGAGGCCGAGGCCAUGCUGCCCUCCGGAGACCCCCUGGGCUCGCUGGAGCGGCGCGCCGGCACUGGGCAGACGUACAGCGAGCGGGUGGAGGAGUACCACCAGCGCUACGCCUACAUGAAGUCCUGGGCAGGGCUGCUCAGGAUCCUCGGCGUGGCCGAGCUGCUGCUGGGCGCCGCCGUCUUCGCCUGUGUCACCGCCUACGUGCACAAGGACAACGAGUGGUACAACAUGUUCGGGUACUCGCAGCCCUACGGGUACGGGGCGGGCAGCGCCUAUGGGGGAUACUCCUACAGCGGGCCAAAAACGCCCUUCGUCCUGGUGGUGGCGGGAAUGGCUUGGAUCGUCACCAUAGUGCUGCUCGUGCUGGGCAUGUCCAUGUACUACCGAACUAUCCUCCUCGAUUCCAACUGGUGGCCUCUGACCGAGUUUGGGAUCAAUGUGGCCUUGUUCUUCCUGUACAUGUCGGCUGCCAUAGUGUACGUAAACGAUACCAACCGAGGUGGGCUCUGCUAUUACCAGUUGUUCAAGACGCCGAUAAAUGCGGCUUUUUGCCGUGUGGAGGGCGGUCAGACUGCAGCAAUCAUCUUUUUGUUUGUCACGGUGAUCAUGUAUCUCAUUAGUGCGUUGGUUUCCCUAAAGUUGUGGAGGCACGAAGCGGCCAGGAGGCACCGAGAAUUAAUGGAACAGGAGAUGAAAACACAAUCCUCUUUUCCAGAAAAGAAGUAUGAAGGUGAUGACAGACCAAGGGAAGAAGUCAGUUACAGGCAGCUCAAAUCACUGGAAAGAAAACCAGAGCUACUUAAUGGUCAUAUACCUGCAGGCCACAUUCCUAAACCUAUAGUGAUGCCAGACUACCUAGCGAAAUACCCUGUAAUUCAAACAAAUGAAAUGAGAGACCGAUACAAAGCGGUGUUCAAUGAUCAGUUUGCUGAGUAUAAAGAGCUGUCUAUGGAAGUUCAUGCUGUAUUAAAAAAGUUUGAUGAGCUGGAUGCAUUGCUGAAACAGCUUCCACACCAUCCUGAAAACAUAUAUGAACAGGAAAGGAUAUCAAAAGUUCUGCAAGAAUACAGGAAGAAGAAAAACGAUCCUGCAUUUCUGGAGAAAAAGGAGCGUUGUGAAUAUCUGAAGAAUAAGCUUUCUCACAUCAAACAACGAAUUCAGGACUAUGAUAAAGUUAUGAAUUGGAAUGUAGAAACUUAGCAAUGCCUUCACUUCAUGGAUACUAUUUUCUGUUUUUAAAAUUGAUAUUUUAAAAUAUUUUAACCUAUUUAUUCAUUCUUUGAACAGUACAUUUAUGGGGAUUACUUAAUCAUGGUCAUAUGUUUGGAUGUUGUUCAUUACUGAUAGGUUUUGUAUGCAGAUCCAAUUGUAACUGAAGUUAUAAGUUAGGAAACCUCUGCUAAUAUUUUGCUUUCAUUAGUGCAAAUCCUAACCUCUUAAACAUGAA